ACACUGAAGUACACUAAGAUUUAUUUAACCAUGCAUUUGAAGUAAAGCAGCUGUUCACAGUUGUAUCCAAUCGAGAGCUUCAACAUCCCCCUAGUGAUGUCACUAUAGCGACAUAUAAGCUGGAUAUUGGAUGAAACCACAACAGCUGAUAUACGUCAAGUGCACAACUAAAUAAAUCGUACUGUACAGAACGAUACCGAACACGUCAGAACCAUUGUUAGAACGAUUGUGAUGUAAUUUGGAGUGUGAGGCGAGACCUGGACGAGACGAGGCCACUGGUUGGGUUGGCGCUGGUCAGGAUUUUGAGUGAAUGGAAUGGAGAACGUACGAAGUUGUGUCUGUUGUCGAAGUCGAUAAUAAAGUGGCAAUUACAAGGGAAGAUAUGUUAUGAUAGUAUAGAUUCAUCUGGGAGGAUAUUGUAAAUUAACGCCUUAGAAGUUACUUUUCUACGUUAAAUGAGUGUCGCUCUUGGGUGCACACGGAUGUCAGGGAAGCCGGAAGGCACAUGUCAGUCUGUAUGUUUCGUUACAUUUUACAGCGUUGAGUGAGCUUUUGAACUUUUUAAGUGUACUUGAAAAAGCCGUGUGUAUAUGCAUGUGCUUUAUACGUUUUUUUGUGUGGUUUGCUUUAGUUUAGUAUGAAUGAGGGAGAACGGAAAUUGUGACGUGUAUUAUAGCUUGAAAUGACAAUAGAAUAUUGUUGAAGAUGACAAAUUCGGGGUUUAGAUCAGCUAUUGCGGAUUCAUCAGGUUGGGAGAGCCUAAUUGUUUUCACUGUCCUUUUGCUGGCGUGGAUAUGUGGUUUUUCAUCAAGAUUGUUUGCAGUAAUUAGAUUUGAAAGCAUUAUUCACGAAUUCGAUCCGUUUAAUUUUCGGUCCACUGCUUAUAUGGUGGAAAAUGGUUUCUACAGUUUCCUUAAUUGGUUUGAUGAAAGGGCAUGGUAUCCGUUGGGACGCAUUGUGGGAGGUACAGUUUACCCUGGAUUGAUGAUAACAUCAGGCAGUAUUCACUAUGUGUUGCGGGCAUUAAAUAUUCCUGUGCAUAUAAGAGAUAUAUGUGUCUUCCUUGCUCCAAUUUUUAGUGGAUUCACAGCAAUUGCAACAUAUUUCUUGACAAAAGAACUGUGGUCUCCUGGUGCCGGUCUCUUUGCUGCAUGUUUCAUUGCAAUUGUACCAGGGUAUAUCAGUCGCUCCGUUGCUGGAAGUUAUGACAAUGAAGGAAUUGCAAUAUUUGCUCUUCAAUUCACUUAUUUCUUAUGGGUUUCAGCAUGGGGUGGUUAUGUAUUCAUCAUAAAUUUAAUUCCUCUUCAUGUUUUUGUAUUGCUAUUAAUGGGUCGAUUUUCUCAAAGAUUGGUUGUUAGUUACAGUACUUUUUACACUUUAGGUCUCUUGCUUAGCAUGCAGAUACCUUUUGUGGGAUUCCAGCCUAUUCGAACCAGUGAACAUAUGGCUGCUACAGGUGUUUUUGUACUGCUUAUGGCUAUGUUGUUACUCAAAUACCUUAAAGGUAGCAUGAGCCGAGUUGAAUUUAAAUACUUCUUCACUACAUCAGCCCUGAUAGCUUCUGGUUUUGUGUUUAUGAUAGUUGCUGCUCUUACAUAUGCAGGUGUCAUUGCUCCUUGGAGCGGUAGAUUCUACUCUUUGUGGGAUACUGGUUAUGCGAAAAUUCACAUCCCUAUAAUAGCAUCUGUGUCUGAGCAUCAGCCAACAACAUGGUUUUCCUUCUUUUUUGAUCUACAUGUCCUAGUUUCCACAUUUCCAGCAGGAUUGUGGUAUUGUAUUCAACAUAUCACUGAUGAAAGAGUAUUUGUUGUUCUCUAUGCCUUGAGUGCUGUAUACUUUGCUGGGGUCAUGGUACGAUUGAUGUUAACACUUACUCCUGUUGUGUGCAUAUUGAGUGGUAUUGCUUUUUCCCACCUCUUGGACUUGGUAUUGCAAGAUUUGGUUCUAUGGGAGAAGCAUGCUCCACAACUAGCAGCUGGUAGUGAAAGUGAGGAGGAAAUCUGUCCCACGCGAGGUGCCAGCCUCUAUGACAAGGCUGGAAAGUUACGCAAAAUGAAACAUGAGGAGAAGAAAGAACCUAGUACUUUAGGAACAAACAUCCGGACUGUUAUUAUUGUGGUCAUUCUAAUGUUGUUGCUGCUCUUUGCUGUUCAUUGUACUUGGGUGACCAGUAAUGCUUACUCUAGUCCCAGUAUUGUUCUUGCAUCAUACGGACAAGAUGGAUCUCGUCAAAUAUUGGAUGACUUCCGUGAAGCUUACUAUUGGCUCUCUCACAACACAGAUAAUGAUGCAAGAAUUAUGAGCUGGUGGGACUAUGGAUAUCAAAUAGCUGGAAUGGCAAAUCGUACGACUUUGGUUGACAACAAUACCUGGAAUAACAGCCAUAUAGCAUUGGUAGGGAAAGCUAUGUCAUCAAAUGAAAGUGAAGCCUACAAAAUUAUGCUUUCCUUGGAUGUUGAUUAUGUGUUGGUAAUUUUUGGUGGAGUAAUUGGGUAUUCAGGAGAUGACAUCAACAAAUUCUUGUGGAUGGUGAGGAUUGCUGAAGGAGAGCAUCCUAAAGAUAUAAGGGAAAGUGAUUACUUUACUGAGAGAGGUGAAUUUCGAGUGGAUGCUGAAGGUGCACCUGCUUUACUGAAUUGCCUUAUGUAUAAACUCAGUUAUUACCAUUUUGGGGAGUUGCAACUGGAUUACAGAAAUCCUGCUGGCUUUGAUCGAACUCGCAGUGUUGUAAUUGGAAAUAAAAAUUUUGAUCUAACAUACUUGGAGGAGGCAUACACUACUGAGCAUUGGCUUGUUAGAAUAUAUAGGGUGAAGAAACCUGAUUAUUUUAAUCGUCCAGAGAUACCUUACUCGGAACGUAAGGUGAAACAAAGCAAAUUAUUUGUUUCUAAGAAGAAUGGCAAACGCAAAAGAGGAGUAAUCAAAAACAGACCUGUGGUCAUUAAAGGGAAGAAGCCUGGUAAAAGCCACACUUCAUAAUGGGAGUUUAAGGACUCUGCUGCCAUUGCCUAGGAUUUGGAUGUCUGGAGUCUUCAGUAAUGUGCCCUUACCUGGAGCAAGAGCAACAGUGUCCUCUGAAUUAACAGCACAAAGGUGCAAUCUGUGUACUUGAGGACCAGAAACUUGAAGAAUGUGUGUAUUUUGUAAUCUGUGAAGCUUUUUUAGGCAAAGAAGUGGGCUUUGUUCUGUGACCUAUCACAUUUGUAAUGGCCAGUGGUCUUGUUGAAUGAUUGUAGUUCCAUGUAGUAUACCUGAGCAAUUAGAUAUAUCUGUGCGGUACAAUGAACUACAAUUUCUGAUUUGUCCAUUUAGGUCCCAAAACAGAAUUUUCUGAAAGUUGAGAUAAUGCAAAAUUUCAUAAUAAUUAAUGCUCAUGAUUAAUUUUAUAAUUCAGAGAGAAAAUGCAAAUGGGGAAUACAUAUGUUUGUUAGAAUAAAUGCCAGAAAGGUCUUAGUUAUUCUUAUACUGUUUGCUUUUUAUUGUCUGGAUUCAAUAGACUUGAAUGCAUAAUUGCACACAUACCUCUUUUCCUCUUAUUAGAGCUAAAAUAUUUCAUUAUCUGAAACUGUUAUAUUCUUUGAUGUAAAUCAUUGUCAAAAAAUAAUUGUGAUGUAACUAGAUCUAUUUAUUGUGUUACUUUUUCCCCUGGUUCAUCUGAGAAUUAAUAAAAUGAACUCUUCGUAAACAUUGAUUGAUUAAUUUUUACUAACUUUUGUUAUUUUUGUAAUGAAGUUCAGUUAUAAUAUACAUCUCAAAUGCUGUUCUCGUUUUAAGGUACUCAGUGUAAAAUAGCGUGGUGUUAUUGUGUUUUCUUUCUGGUUUGGAUUUUGUUGUACUAUUUGCUAUACACCAAUAAUUUAAGAUACUUACCAAUAUAAAUUGAUAAUACAUUAUAAAUUUGAAAUUAAUCUUAAAUUCCUCAUUGUAAGAUUAAUUACAGAGCCUUUUUUCCAGUAGUAAUUGGUGUAAUUUAAAAAUAGCUGAUAAUAUUUUCCCAUCUAUUACUUAGUGCUAUUUUGAUUUUAUUUUAAAGUUUGAAAAAUAUCAACAAGAUGUUCGCUUAAGAUAUUAAAUUCUUUUGUUUCAAAACUGUCCUUGAAAACUUUGCUUAAAAAUCUUACUAUUACAUUCUUGGAAUCAAUUAUUUUACACUUACUUAAACUAGAGAGACAGCAUUGUUCACCCUUCAUAGUAUGCAGUUUUACGACUUUGACUCGUUACAUUUUAACCCUUAUCUGGGCAACUAAGGUCCAUUGGUUCCAGAAGGAAAAUAAUUAAUAUUUUACCUGACAACUAUCAAAGGUGUUAAGAUAGUUUUUGUGACUGUUUACUGUGGUGUUUUUCUAAAUAUAGCCGCAACCUUUUUACCAAAGCGUUUCUGAAUAAUAAUUAAAAAAAUCUUCAUCUUUUUUCAGACUCAACAGGACAAGCAGGGUCUAUUAAUCUGUGUGUAAUAUUGCAUUUUCUGAUUUUGUUUGGUUGAUUGUUUGACAACUGUGGGUGCAAGGGACGGACAGAUGUCCAGUUGUGCAGUCUUUUCAUCGGGAUGUUUUCCGACACUAAGUGUGAGCGACUAACAUGCAACACUCGCUGUGCUGGAUACUCAGAUUGGUGUGAAAUUUUACCAGGUUGUUCAGCAUAUUUCAAAACCCCUAGAUUCAAAAUUUUUACGUGCUAUGAAGCAAGUAGUGUUUUUGCGACAAUUAAUAUUGAGACCUUACCGAUUGUGGAAGAGCGGGAAUCGCUGCUCACCGCUUGUUGUACUGUUGUUACUUGUUCGCUGCGCUGCCACUAUCUGGCAGUAGGGUCUCAGUUGCCUUGGAGGGCAGGCAAGGUGACAAAAACAGGUGUUUACUUUGCAGAUUCUGAAGAACGAGUAGGACGAGAACCCAUGCAUCGCUAAUUCGAGUGCAAAUAUUGAAUGUAUACUUACUAUAUUAUCAUUUAUAUGUAUGAGAGGAUUUAAUGAUUAAAAUGGGGUUUAAUUAAUCAGAAAAGAUUUAUUCAAUAAUAAAUACGUAAAUAAAUAAAUGAAAAUAAUACACAGAUACAAUAAAUAAAUAUUAAUUAAAUAAUAAUUAUAAAUUCCAUGGUGGUAGCAGAUAUCUUGUGGUAAUCCAUUAUAUGGUAAAGGAAAUAAUCUCCACA